CGACAUACACAGCUACACUACGUACAGUGAACGUUGUCGAAGUCCUGUCGUCAAACUCGUGUAAAUACUUACAAUUGUACAACUUUAUAAAUGUAUACGUGCAUUUGAAUAUACUCUAUAUUCUAAUGUGGAUUCAUGUGUGCAUGGACUGCCAUUGUGUCAGAUAUACAGCAAGCAGCACAUAAACACGUCACAACGCCUGCUACAAACUCCAUCUUUGUUUCAUUUAUUAGCUUGGUUAAAAUCAAAAAAAAAAUAUACCAAGUUUGCAUUGAAGUCUGUAUUUCGUACCUUCCACUAUGUUGAGAGCUUUGUCGUACUUAUCGCACGCGUGCGUACGAGAAGGAACCCCUCCUCAUAUGCAGCCGAUAAGCAUGCAGAAAGCUCGUCUAUUCACCAAAAGUAUCAGCGCUCGGCCUAUGCACACCGCACAGGCAUCUAUAGCAGGCACGCGCGCAGCCACCUUGCGCUACCGCACUGAAUAUAGUACACAAGGUGGUAUUAAGAACUAUGUCACCAUGGCAACCAACACAACUCAUAGAUACGCCCACGCUAAAGUAAGCCAGGGACCUCAUAAUACGAGACUUCUGGUCGCCACUACGGCCGUUCUAGUAGCUGUCGCGGGAAUGGUUGGUGCAACAGUACUAGGUGAUGCAGCACAGGCCAAAGAGAAGGAAAACACUUCAAAGAACGAAUCCAAAGAGAAGCCCAAGUCUCAGGACUGGCGGAAGAAGUACACCCUGGGCAAACGCCUGGGUGAGGGCACCUUUGGCACAGUAUACCUGGCUGUGGAUAAAGCCACCAAGGCCAGAUACGCAAUCAAGAUUCUCAAGAAGCGCAAAGAUAAGAGGUGUGUUAGGGACGCCUUGCCCUAUUUUUAAACACGGUUUGAUGAGUUUUUGGAUGAGGAACUUAAAUGUUAUGGUGGUAG